AUGAAACAAACAACGUCAACUGUCUUUCUCGUUCUCUUUUCUUUGCUUCUAAUCUUGUUCAUAUCAUGCAUUGAUGCUCAAUCGUGCAACCCGAGUGGAAAGUUGAGAGGUAAAAAACCACCUCGCGGGCAAUGUGUGAAUGAUCCAGAUUGUUGCAAAGCAGGCACGUUUUACGACACAUACACAUGUUCCCCUCGUGUUAACGAAAAUACAAAGGCAACAAUGACCAUAAACAACUUUGAGGAAGGAGGAGAUGGUGGCGGGCCGUCUGAGUGCGACAACAAGUACCACUCAAACGAGACGCCAGUUGUGGCAUUGUCCACUGGGUGGUACAAUAAAGGGAAAAGGUGCUUCAAGCUUAUUAAUAUACACUACAAGGGUAAGAGUGUCAAAGCUAAGGUGGUCGAUGAGUGUGACACGACCCAGGGAUGUGAUGAUGAGCAUGGUUACCAGCCACCAUGUCGCAAUAAUAUUGUGGACGGGUCUAAAGCUGUCUGGGAGGCCUUAGGGGUGCCUAAGAGUGAUUGGGGUGAAGCAGAAAUUACUUGGUCAGAUGCAUAAUCAUGCUUGAAAUUCAAACCGGUUAAAUAAAUGAAAUCGUUCGACUUUUUAGGGUCACUAUAGUGAAUAAAGUGAUCCUAACAACAAUAAGUAUAAGCGAACUAUAUUGUGUGCUAGUAUUUCUUUUCAUUGAAGGGAAUUUUAAACUACUUAUGUGUUUAUUUU